AUGUCUUCGCCUGAGCGUCGAACUGCUGGUGUGAAGCGACCUCGCACACAGUCUCUUCCUCCUCCAUCGCUGCCGCAACUGGUCGCUGAACAGAGCACACCCAUUCCUCCCACAGACAAGGACUCUCAACGUCUGAUCGUUGUCUUGUCCAAUGCCAGUCUUGAGACAUACAAGGCGUCUCACGGAGGCACCAGCCGCAACCGCGAGGACAAGUAUUCUCUGCUUAACAGCGAUGAGCACAUUGGCGUUAUGCGCAAGAUGAACCGGGACAUUAGCGAUGCUCGUCCUGACAUCACCCAUCAGUGUUUACUGACCCUUCUGGAUUCGCCCAUCAACAAAGCCGGCAAGCUUCAGAUUUAUAUCCACACCGCCAAGGGCGUCCUGAUUGAAGUUUCGCCCUCGGUUCGCAUCCCCCGAACUUUCAAGCGAUUUGCUGGCCUUAUGGUGCAACUCUUGCACCGCCUGUCUAUCCGCUCCACCAACUCUAACGAGAAACUGCUCCGAGUUAUUCAGAACCCCAUCACUGACCACUUGCCCCCCAACUGCCGCAAGGUCACCUUGAGUUUCGAUGCACCACUUGUUAAGGUUCGUGAGUAUGUCGAAUCAGUGGAUUCCAAAGAUAGCAUCUGCGUCUUUGUUGGUGCUAUGGCUAAGGGUGAGGAUAACUUUGCCGAUGCUCUGGUAGAUGAGAAGAUUUCCAUCAGUAACUUCUCCCUGUCUGCUAGUGUUGCUUGCAGCAAGUUCUGCCAUGCUGCUGAGGAUGUCUGGGACAUUAUGUAA